CGCGCCGCUGCGCCGUGACCGUGACCGUGACCAUGGAGCGGCAGCUCACCCGGGACCAGGGCAUCACCCUGCGCGGCAGCGCCGACAUCGUGGCCGAGUUCUUCUCAUUUGGCAUCAACAGUAUCUUAUAUCAGCGUGGUAUAUACCCAUCUGAAACCUUUACUCGAGUGCAAAAAUAUGGACUGACUUUGCUUGUGACAACGGAUCCCGAUCUCAUAAAAUAUUUGAAUAAUGUGGUGGACCAACUUAAAGACUGGCUGUACAAUUGUUCGGUUCAGAAAUUGGUGGUGGUGAUUUCGAAUAUUGAAAGUGGCGAAGUCCUUGAACGAUGGCAGUUUGAUAUUGAGUGUGACAAGACUGCAAAAGAAGACAGUGCACCACGAGAGAAAUCUGUGAAAUCCAUCCAAGAUGAAAUCCGUUCAGUGAUCCGACAAAUUACAGCCACCGUGACAUUUCUGCCAUUGUUAGAAGCAGCUUGUGCAUUCGAUCUGCUCAUUUACACGGACAAAGAACUUGUAGUCCCUGAAAAAUGGGAAGAGUCUGGGCCACAGUUUAUUGCCAAUUCGGAAGAGGUCCGCCUUCGUUCCUUUACAACCACUAUCCACAAAGUAAAUAGCAUGGUGGCCUACAAAAUUCCUGUCAACGAAUGAGGGGCAAAGGGAGGAAAAUAAUGUUCCUGUGAUUCUCAAAUCAGAUUUCCCUUAAGAUAAUUUAAAUAGAGUUGAUGCAUUUUAUUUCAUUGGUUAAACUUUAAAUGGGAAAACUAAUACUCUGUUGUACGGGGCGCAGUUAUUCCACUGUCUGUACAUACUUGACCUACCCGAGGGCUGACAUCAUGGAUUAGAGAGGAUUUUAGUGCUUUCCCCUAAUUUUAUUGUGUUUUUGGCUAAAAUAGAUCAGAACAGAAACACGGUGCAACAUUGCUCAGUAGACAGAAGAUAUUCAGUGGUGGGUGCUAAUACAUAUUUAGUGUUCAGCCUCUGUAAGUAGUAUGCACUAUUUUCAAUCUUUAGUCUAAAGGUGACACUUGCUUAAAAUCAAAUGUUUUAUUCAUAACUUGAAUAAAAUUUUUAGUAAAGAGGUGAUGAGUGUACCAAAAAGAGGUCUAAAUAUUAGAAUUCUUUGUUUUUAGAUUUUUAUUUUGUUCCCGGGAGUAGCUAAAAAGAUAUCGAUAAUAUGAAUCCAUCAGUUAUGACAAUGACUAAUUCAUUUUGUCCCAGAAUAUCACUCACUUCUUUGAAAACCUUCCAGAGUUUGAAAUACUUUUAUUAUCAAUAUUUGUAUAAGUUGUGCUGACAAUGCUCUAGAUUUCUCUACUCUUCUACUCCAGAGAACAAAACUCUGAUUUUUAAAAAUGUCUUUUUAUAUGUUUUGUGAUAAUCAAGCCUUAAAUGACUGUAAAUGGUGAAAUAAAGUUAAUUGUGUGGCUUAA